ACUCUAUGACAUUUAUUUCCAUAUACUACUUUUAUUCUCUAUUUCUUUAAUUAAACAUAUAAUUCCAAAAAGUAAGUAAAUAUCUCUCACUACACAUUUAUCCGACUAAAAAUAUCUGACUGAAGGAAAUCUCCCGAUUCUUUAUUUACGAAAGAACACUGAUGUAAGAAAAUUAGAAGUUUUCGAAUUUACAUUGUAUAUGUUUAGAAAACAUUUGCAAUGUAAAUGAGAAAAGUUCUGAUUCUCCGUGCCCGUGACGGCAGGAAGAUCGUACAGUGAAGACACAAAUCUUUGUAGCAAGAUUCAAAAAUGUAUUCUGAAGUAUCGCUUUAAAAAACGAUCGAUUUUAUAUUCAUACGUUCUCUUGAAUUCUGACACUUCUCGCGAACAGCUACGGCGCCUGAUGGAACACGUAGAAAAGGAUUGGAAUAUGCUUAAAAAUAAAAGGGAACUAGAUAUCAUAGAAAGAUAUACUUAUAUUGGAAGUAUGUGCAGCUUAGGGUUCACAAUACUCGGUGUCGUAUCAAUAAUAGUAUGCAUUUUCUUGCCGUUUACACCGAUUAUUCUCGAUAUCAUAGCGCCGUUGAACGCCUCACGUCCACUACAACUUCUGUUCCCGGGGGAGUACUUUAUCGAUCAGAAAAAGUACUUUUACGCAAUCUCGUUGCACUUAGCCCUUACUUUGAUUUUAGUAGUGACUACUCUAUUGGGCACCGAAACGCUGUAUGUAACACAUGUACAACAUGCUUGCGGAUUGUUUCAAGUCGCCAGGUAAAAAAGACAAAGGUGCUGAGCUGUAAAU